GGUCACUGCGCUGCAUCGCUUGGCGCACCUGUCGCCGCCUGGAGCGCGACCUCGGAAGAUCUUGGACCUGUCUUCAGAGUUGCACUUCAAAUUAUGCCAAGCCUUAGCCACUUCGCGCGAGCGCGAGCAGGUCAGCAUUCGCACAUGGUCUAACACUGCCUGGGCAGUGGCGAAGCUGACGCUGGACUCGCAGCUUCUGCCUAUGGCCGCGGAUGCCUUGCUGAAGAAUCUGGGCAUGGACUCCGUUCGGCCACAGGAGUUGGCCAACAUCCAGUGGUCCCUGGCUAAGAGCGGCGUGGGCACGGCGGAGCAACUGGAGCGGUGCACGCAGCACUUUGUCCAGAGGGCGGAGGAGUUCGAAGUGCAGCACAUCUCCAACAUCGCGUGGUCGCUGGCCAAAGUGCUGGCAAACGCAGAGGUGGCGCGAGAAGUCGCCGUCGUGGCGGAAAGUCGGCUCCCCGAGCUGCAACCGCAGCACUUGGCCAACGUGGCCUGGGCGAUGGCCAAGCUGACGGCCGGCUCGCACAGCGCGUACGCGAGGGCCUCGCUGCAGCACCAGUUCAAACCACAAGAGGCGUGCAACUUGCUGUGGGCGUUCGCCACCGCUUCAGUGGAUGUCGGUGAAGCAUCCAUCGCCAAGUCAGUGGCGCAGUUGAGCACUGGCUUGCUCUCGCAGCUGACGAGGUGCAAUCCUCAGGACCAUGCGAAUUUCCUGUGGUCCAUGGUGACGCUUACGGCAGCCGAGAGGCAGACUGUGGCUCACAUUUCGGAGUCAGCCCUCAGAAAGCUGGAGCAGUUUGAUGCCACACAGCUGUCGGCUCUCCUUUGGGCAGUGGCCAAGUCGGGCUAUGAGCCGUCUUCCGACCUCUUCCAGGCCGCGAGUCGCCUGGAGAAGAACCACACCUUGGGUGCCCAGCACCUGGCAAAUCUGCUGUGGUCCUUCGCUGUUGCUCAGCAAAGUCCUGAGCUUGUCCAAGGCCUCUCCGCCAAAGCUGCGGAAAGGGCUGAGGAGUUUCGAGCGCAGGAGCUCACUGGCAUGCUGUGGGCCAUGGCAGGUGCUGGAUGGUCAGCUGAGCGGGAACUGAUUGGAGCCCUGGCCGGUGCUGCACGCACAAAGGUGGCCAGUUUCCGCACCCCAGAGCUGGCCACGGUCUGCGCCGCGCUGGCCAGGCUUCAGCAAGAUGCAGCUGGGCUCCACAGCUCUUGCACGCAGCGGCGUGACUCCGUCCCAGCGCUUUCAUCAGAAGAGCUGGUGACCACAGCCUGGGCUUUGGCCCAGGGCAAGAAGCAGGGCCUAGAGUCCGGUCCCUUGGCUGCAGCCGUAGCUGCCGCCUGUGUUGCGGGCCUUUCCUCAGGCCAACUCUGCCGCGCUUUGGGGGCGUUGGCGCGGCUGGUGCCUAGCAGCCUGGUGUCGCCGCUCUUGCAGGAGCUGCAGCAGCGACCUCUUCCGCCGGCGGCCUUGGUUGAGGUCUUGUCCGCGGCCAUGCGCGCCUCACUUCUGGAGGCAGAUCUGCUGCAGAGAGCACGCCUGCGCCCCAGCGCGCCGCGGGCCACGCGCGGCCUCUCUGAGCGCAACGCAGGCGCGAGUCAGCUGAAGUUGGCGCGGGUGGCCCUGGCAGCUGGCUACUUUGCAGGGGGCCUCGAUGGCAAUGGCAAUCCGCAUGCGUGCACUUUGCUCACUCCGCCGUUCAUGGUAGUGGUUCCAGAAGGCGGGGCUAUGGGGUCGGUGGACUCGCCCAUCGGGCGGACUUCGGUGCAUCAAGGCGAGGGAUUGGAAGCGGUGGAGCUGGCCCACCUCGGCUUCGGAGCGCCGCGCCCAGCGUCGGCGGCUCUGUGCAGCUUGAUGGACAGGCGCUCGGCGCUGUCUCAAGCGCUUGCGGCCGUGGCCGUGCUGGCGGCAUGCAGGUACCUCACAGAGGUGCUGACGUUUGUGGGGCCAUCUCCGGCGACCGUCUCGGGCCGUCCCACUCGGAGCUUGUCUCGGGUAUCACGUUUGGCCUCGAUGCGAGACAGCGAAGGCAACAAGAUUAGGGAGCCGAAGACCUUCGAUGCCUCCAACACUGCCUCCAUCACCCGCACAGUGGCUGUGGAGUACAAGAAGCGACCCUUCGGAGUGCUCUCCUACGCCCCCAGCACCAACGGCAAGGGUGCCAUGAUCUGGAACAUGAACGAGAACUCCAGAUACCCCGGGGACCCCCAGGGCCAGGCCUGGACCGGCGGAGCUCAGAAGUUCAUGGCCAUCAAGAGCGUGGCUGGCCAGGACGUGAGCACCUGGGACUUCUGGGACAUCAUGGACAUCUUGGACGACAAGAUCCUGGACAACUCCGCGGGCAUCUUCCAGUCCAGCGGGGCGGGCGGCAUGGGCAACAAGCCAGCUGAGCUGCCCGUUUCCAUAGAGUACGUUGAGCUGACUGGCCUUGCAAAUGAGCCCAGUCCGCCGGCGGGAGGGAUGGGCCAAAACAUGGAGCAGACCAUCGACAGCCGGGACGAGCGCUUCAAGGACCUGCCCCGCGAUGCGACCAUCAGAGAGUACAAGAUUCCCGUGGCGCCCGCUAGCUACAGGAGCGACGUGGUGGAGAACCUCCGCAGCGCCGUCGCCAGCAUGCCGGAGCCCACCGGCCACGCGGGGCCGCGGUACAUGGGACCUCAGUCCUUGAGCGAGGACUCCAUCAGGCAGAUGCUGGCCUCCUUUAAGAAUGGGCAAAUCUUGCCGAUGAAGGAUGCUUACAAGCUGGCCAUCGAUGCAUAUGACCUGCUGGUGAAGGAGAAGACCCUGGGACGAGUGAAUGUGCCGGUUGGACAGAAGGUGACUGUGGUGGGAGACCUGCACGGCCAGCUCUUCGACUUUGACCACAUGCUGUCUUUGGCGGGCUUCCCCUCUCCCAACAACCAGUUUCUCUUCAACGGGGACUUUGUGGAUCGUGGCCCCUGGAGCGUCGAGGUGAUCUUCACCUUGCUGGCCUUCAAGGUGUGGCAGCCGGGCCAUGUGUUCAUGAACCGCGGCAACCACGAAGCAGAGAUGGCCAACCACUUCUAUGGCUUCUUCGGAGAGAUCGAGGUGAAGUAUGAGAAGCGCAUGACGGACCUCUUCGCAGAACUGUUCCGAGCCACGCCCUUGUGCCACGUGAUCAACAACGAGGUCUUCGUUGUGCACGGCGGCAUCCCAGGCCCGGACCCUCGCGUGUGGUGGAAGGGCAUGGACAAUCAGAUUAGCUUCGACGGCCGGCAGAUCCAGAUCAGCCUGUCUGAAAUCGAGAACUCCAACCGGUUCAUGGAGCCCAACCCGGAUGACAACCCGCUGAUGGUGGACCUUCUUUGGUCGGACCCCAAGGGCAAGGACGGUUACGGACCAUCCGGACGAAUGUCAUCGGGCAUCUACUUGUUCGGUCCUGACGUCAGCCGAAACUUUAUGGAGUUCAACGGCCUGCGGAUGACUUUGCGGUCCCACGAGGUCAAGGCGCAGGGCUACCGCUUCGACCACGAGGGUCAGUACCCGCUGAUCACCGUCUUCUCGGCGCCCAAUUACGUGGACAAGGCCGGCAACAUGGCCUCGGUGGCGGUGCUCACCAACGACGGCACCAAGAUGGCAGGGCCCGAGUUCGUGCAGUACUCCGCGCAGCCGCACCCCGACGUUCCCAGCGGUGCGUACGCGGUGGGUGGGCCUUUGCACCCUGAGGCGGCAGCCGCGCGGUAG